UAUUUCAGAGUCUGUAAACCGAGACUAUCAUUACCGGAAUUUUAUGAGUAAAAAAAACGCCGGUACGUGGAUCUGGAACACGCAUACAUCAUUGGAAGUCUGCUCGGGACAUAGAGCGGACUGGCUGUAUUGAAAUCCUGUUCAUGUUCGGGGAGCUGCUGGCCUGGAAUUUCAAUACUGGACCUGUGUAUUAAAUUGUCUAAAUUCUGUUUGGGAUCAUAUCUCUAAACUUAAAAAUGGCGUCCCGUGGUAUCACCAUGACGGAGCCGACUUCAUACUCGCGGCCAAACACCCGGUCUCACUCAAAACGCAUGUCGGAAGAGCCUAUGAAGCCCACUACCAACGGAGCAUCGGCUGUUGACCGGAAGGCUGGACAAUGGGGGCGUGCAUGGGAGGUUGACGUGUUCACCACGGUGGGCGUACUCGCCCUCCUCACCCUCAUCCCCUUGGUAGUAUUCUACGUCCACGUCGCCUGUACCCACUACCAGUGCUCUCUCAUCACCCCUCCCCUGGAGAUGCAGAAGGGCGCCCUCACCCUCACCAUGCUGUGGGAUCAGAUGCCGUCCAUCACGUGGGAUGGCGUUACCAUAACAGCCAUCUGGAUGACUUUUCAGGUUGUGCUCUUCUACUUGCCGGAUCUCUUCCAAUAUAUCAUUCCCGGCUACGUCGGCGGUAUGCAACUCGGGGCCGUAACACCGUCAGGUAUCCGGAAUCCUUACCUUAUCAACGGCUUGCAGGCAUGGUUCAUCUCCAACGCCAUUUUCGUGGCGAACGCCCUCUAUUUUGAAUGGUUCUCGCCAUCCAUUGUGUUCGAUCACCGCGGCUCGCUCCUGUGGUGCGCCAACGCCAUCGGCAUCUUUGUAGCUACAUUCGCCAUCGUGAAGGCUUACUUCUUCCCGACCCACGCCCCUGAUCGUGUCUUUACGGGUAACAUCUUCUAUGAUUACAUGAUGGGAAUCGAGUUCAACCCCCGCAUUGGAAAGAUGUUCGAUUUCAAGCUUUUCUUCAAUGGACGACCGGGUAUCGCAGCCUGGACCAUCAUCAACUUCUCCAUGGCCAUGAAGCAGUACGAGCUCUACGGCUACAUCACCAACUCCAUGAUCCUAGUCAACUUCCUGGAGUUGAUCUAUGUGGUGGAUUACUUCUGGAACGAGGCAUGGUACCUUCACACCAUCGACAUGCACCAUGAUCACUUUGGAUGGUACCUUGCCUGGGGUGAUAUGGUCUACCUGCCAUUCAUGUAUACGCUUCAGUGCUUCUACCUGGUGUUCAACCCCGUCGAUCUCUCCUGGCCCAUCUUCACCGCCAUCUUCCUCCUCGGAACCGUCGGCUACUACAUCUUCCGGUCGGUCAACCGGCAGAAGGACUACUUCCGGCGCACAAACGGACAAGCCCCCAUUUGGGGCGCCAUGCCCAAGUACAUCGACGCCACCUACAUGAGCGGUGACGGGGAGGAGAGGAAGAGCAAGUUAUUGCUCUCGGGCUGGUGGGGUAUCACCAGGCAUAUGAACUACACUGGUGACCUGAUGCAGGCAGCGGCCUGGUGCCUCUCCUGCGGAGUAGGACACAUCUUCCCCUACUACUACCUGGUCUUCAUGCUCAUCCUGCUCAUCCACCGCUGCCGGCGGGACGAGGACCGUUGCCAUGCCAAGUACGGCAAAUCAUGGGACCUCUACAUGGAAAAAGUCCCAUGCAGGCUUAUACCUUACAUCUACUGAAAAUAUUGCGAAGUAUAACGUAAAAGUAGUCAAACCUGGUAUCAGGAAAAGUCCAAAUAAAUUUCCCGACCAGCUUCAGAAUAGUAAUAUCAGAAGCAUGUAACCACCAAUAACGUUUGUAGAAACAAAUUAACAUAACACAUUUCACUUAAAUGCCCCUCUCCUUACGUUAGCCAAUCAGGAUCUAUAUUUAAUUAUUAACAGCUGUAUCACUGCAUUCUGAUUGGCCAAUGCUAGGAAAGUUGCGAUCACAUUAUACGUCUAUUUGCAGAACGUCACUCGGCAUUUAUUGGCAGCGUACGUUCUUUCCCUGAGCUUUCGGGAAUCGCGGCCUUUCCAAUAUCACUUUAUUCAUUUAAUCUUUAUUUUUUUGGCUCAUGAUGUUGAAAUUGGUCGGAAUUUAGCUCAAACGAGUGUGAACUCUGAAGGCCCCAAGCUCCCUGAAAGGAUUCUUGCUGGUAGGCAUAACAGUGCCGAACAAAAAUAGAAAUACGUUCAUGUACUUCUUAUUGCAUCCGAUCAUCACCUAGUCGUACACCUUCAGAUAUAAAGGGGUUUAACUGACGACACAAAGAACAAACACAAAAAAAA